AUGGCAUCUGAUACUGCUGAAACUGAAACGUUAUUACAAGGUUCAAUAAUUGCUGUAUCUGAUACACCAAGCUCAACUGAUGAAAGUCCUGCUACAAAAGCUCUGAAAAAAACAGCACGUGAUCAAUUUUAUACUGAUAUUAAAAUGACGAAUGAAACGAAAUCGUGGGAGGCAACAUGCAAAAUUUGUAAAAGUAAAAUACGUGGAACCAAAGGUGUCACGUCCAAUUAUAAUCGUCAUGCUAAAGAUUUUCAUCCAAGUGAAUAUGAAUCAUGGCAAGAACAAUUACAGUCCAUUAGUUUAACAGUUGAAUUACAAAAAUCUAUCGUUGAAAAUUUAAUCAUCGAGCUUGGUCUUCCAUUAUCACUUAUUGAACGUUCAGGCUUUAUUACCUUUAUGUCUAAUGUUGAUCCUAAAUUUUCUACAAUUAGUCGACGUACACUAACUCGUACAAUAUUACCAGACUUAUAUACAAAAAUGUUGCAUGGUUUAAAAUCGUUCUGUUCAAUGGCAACGUUUAUAUCAUUAACUUUGGAUUUAUGGACAGAUCGUAGGCAACGUGUAUUUUUUGCUUUGACAGGACAUUCAAUCAUUAAUUCAGAAUUUAAAUCGUAUGUGUUGUCUUUUCAACCAAUUUAUGGUAAACAUCGAGCGCCAGUAUUAUUGGACACAUAUGAAGCAUGUAUUAGUAGUUUUAGUAUACGAGGAAAGCUCGUACGAUUAAUUACGGACAGCGCUUCAAAUAACAUUGCAGCAUUUAGUGGUUUAAUUAUUCCUGGUUUUGAAUGUUAUUUUCAACGUGAUGAUGAUGAUGAAUUAUAUUCAGAUUGGUACAAUGAUGGUGAACAAACCGAAUCGGAUGAUGCUAAAAUUGAUAAUAAUGUGCCGUUGGAUGUUCAAGAUGUCGUUAAACAAUUUCUUGAUUCAAUUGCUAUUGAUGAUGAAUCAUUUCGCUUGCCAUGUUACGCCCAUUCAAUUCAAUUAGUUAUUAACGAUGGUUUAAAGGGCUCAAUUUGUGUUCAGCCAUCAUUAGAAAAAAUUUCAAAAAUAGCCAAGUUAUCUCAUUCUUCAACAGCAGUAGCAGAACGUCUUGAAAAUAUUCAAGUAUGUGUUCCAAAUGCCAAUAAAACUCGUUGGAAUUCACAAUAUGAUAUGGUUGUGACUGUAAUUGGUAUUCAACCAUCUGCUUUAAAUGACAUUUUAAUACAAACGCAACAUCGAGAAUUAUGUCUUAAAUCAUUAGAUUAUCAAAUGCUAAAUGAAUUUGUUUCUUUAUUAACACUUUUUGCUGAAGCUACAACUACCACACAAGCACAAAAGACUCCUUCAGUCUCAAUAGUAGCACCUUCAAUUUUAGCUAUUUAUCAGGAUCUUUUACUUGAACGAGCAAACGUUAAACAUGCAUCAAGUUUAUGUGAAUGUUUAUUAGAAUCACUUUUAUCUCGUUUUGGUGAUCCUGUCUUUUUAGUAGCACCAUUUUUAGAUGGUCGAUUUCGUCUCAAUUGGAUAUCAAAACAAUGUAUUUUAAUUGAACAAGUUAAUGCACCACUUGGAACAACAGAAAAUGAUAAUUCAAUAUUAAGUCCAACAGCACAAACACAACCAUUAUCUGCUAGUGCUGCAACAAGUCCAAUUACACCAAAACGAAAAUACUUAUUUGCCAACAUUGUGAAGGAAACAAAAAACCUAAAUGAUAUGGUUCUUUUAAAACCUUCAAACAUUUAUCCCACUCUUUCAAAAUUAGCAAUGAAAUUUCUGUCGAUUCCUGCAACUUCGGCUCCGGUUGAACGUGUUUUUAGUCAGAGCGGAUUUCUGUUUCGUCAACAUCGUGCAUCAAUGACACGAACUACUUUACAACAAUUAACAAUGCUCAAAUGUAAUCGUGGUCUAUAUUAA